AUGAUGUGUAUGGAUGAAUGCAAAAUAACAACGAAACGCAAGAAGACAGAAACAGUAGAGAUAGAUGUGAAUGCAUGCAUGGGAAUGGACAAGAUGGGAAGAACAAAGAAGCUUGUGCUUUCCUGUUGUGGUUGA